AUGACAAAGGGAGUUGUCGAGAAAAAAAAAUUAAAAGUCAGUGAUAAACCUUUCUUUUUUUUCUCAUCCCUCUUUCUCUCUAUAGCACGCCGUCUCCAGUUACAUGAGAAUUCCGAUCAGAAAAUUAUUGGCAAAAUGCAGAUUCUUUGGUUCCAGUACCUUUUCGCAUCACUUGCGUUAAUAUUACCAUCUUCAGCAACGAAAUUUGCCGAACACCGUUUAAUCACAUCUCUACGUCAUGAUAACAUUCCAGGGGUCCGUCCCCUCAUAAACGCCUCACAUGCACUCACCGUCAAUUUCCGCAUGCAAAUUUUGUCGAUCGACAUUGAUGAGUACAACCAAGCUGUUUCGUUCCUCAGUUGGGAUUCGGCAGAAUGGGUUGAUCAAUUAUUGACUUGGAACCCUGAAGAACAUUCGAAAAUUAACCAAAUAUACUUGAAAGAGAACAUGAUAUGGAAGCCUGAUAUUUCACUCUUCAAUAUUGCAGACGAGCCAGAAAGCACGUACAACAACGCCUACGCCAGUGUGAUGUCAGACGGCAAAGUAACAUGGACACGAACGGCCAAACACAAAUUUCCGUGCAGGUUUGACACUGCUCACUUCCCUUUUGAAACUCAUACUUGUGAGAUGAGUUUCGGUUCGACCAUCUAUGACGGCAGCAAAAUCGAUCUGAAACUGGGCGGUGUGUCUUUGUCGAGCUAUUCGCCUAAUGUUCGCUGGUGGAUGAAGAAGGCUGAUGCCGAAAGGAUCGUCUCAUAUUAUCCUUGCUGUCCGGAACCAUACAUCACUUUGGUGUUUCGACUGACUCUCCAGCGACACGCUACUUACUACAUCUACUCCUUACUUGUCCCGACCUUCCUACUUUCACUCUUUACUCUCAUUCUUUAUCUGUUACCCUACCACAGAUUGGAGAAAAUCACAGUAGGCAUCACCUUAUUUGGGGCUUUCUUCGUUCUUUUAAUGAUCAUGCAAUCUAUUGUACCUAUAUCCGAUACCAUUCCGUAUUUCGUGUUUUAUUUGUGUUUCAAUCUCGGCCUAAUCGCCUUGUCUACAUUCUUCAAUUCCAUCAUCAUUAAUAUGGCAAGUGAAGACAACAUCAGAGAAGUUCCAAAAGCUUUAAGAAGCAUCAUCGAGGUCUUCGCCCGUCUUCUUUGUAUGUCAUCUAUCGUAAGGAAAUUCCAGUCCCGUCAUUUGAUCAAUGCUGACUUCGGCAUUCCACCCGUGACUAACAAUUACUACACCCUGCCCCUACAAGACAAGAAACAACAAAAUAACGAGACUGCCGAACGGGACAGCCUCUGUGACGAAGACCAGCCAGAGUCAGUGUCUCACCGAUUCGUUGACCAGCGACGCUUCGAGUCUAAUGUGGCUGCCAUCAGGACUUUUACGAGUCGCUAUCAAGAGAAGUUAGCCGACGAAGAAGGACAAAAAAGGCAGUUGUCAGAGUGGCGCGAUGUGGCCAGAGUAACUAACAGGCUUUUCUUUCUUUUGUGCUUUUUUGUCGACAUCGGUACCAUCGGCGCAUACCUCUUUUUAGCCAUCUGGCCCUUGUGA